CAUUUAAAUAGACAUUUCAAUAAACACUAAAGAAGAUUAAAAUUGCAAGUAAUUAUGUGGAAGCUCGUCCCUGUAUUGGCCAUAUUUCUGUUGGAGUUCCUUCCCUCCGCUUCUGGCUACAACUAUUGCCACAACAGGAGCCACUUUUGUCGGAAAAGAAACAUGGAGCAUUUUAUGUGUAACCUCGCCAAGCUGUACCCCCUGGACGGAUCUGUCAAGUACGAGGACACUAUGCCGGAUGCUCCGAAACUCCGCUCCAGUUUUUUGUACAAGUUUAAUCAGUACCGUAACAUAGUGGCCAGUGGCGAUCUACGAACCGGAAGUAAUAAAACGUUUCCGAGUGCCUCCCGGAUGCGAGUGUUGAUCUGGGACGAGGAACUGGGCUACCUGGCUCGCAGUCAUGCCAAGACGGUGUCCUUUACGCACUCAGAAUGCCGGGCCACCAAACGGUUUCCGUAUGCGGGCGAGGCUCUUGCCAUGAUUGGUGUCCAGAGCAAAAAGAUUACUCUGUGGGAGAUCCUCAGCCUCACGCUGAAACCAAUGUUCGACGAGUACCUGGCAGUGGACGAUCCAGACGAGUUUGUCAAAAAUUACGAUUCCGAAAAGCACUAUGGCGUGGGUCACUUCGCCACUAUCGUCAGUGAUCGGGUUUCCCGCGUGGGUUGUGGAAUCGCUAUUGGUUCUAAUUGUGAGCGAGGCCAAAAAGUUGGCUUGUGCCACUUCCUGACCUGCAUGUUUGACUUUACCAACAUCGCCAAUUCGUACGUCUAUAAGUCAGGAGAACCAGCCUCCCAGUGCGAAUCUUGGCACACUAAGCGCAGCAUCGACUUCGAGCACUUGUGUCACAAUAAAGGAACCAUGUUCGACGUGGAUAACAACGAUUAGUUUGACAAACGGGUGCCCCCAGGAAACAAUGGCCUUUUGAUAUAUAUAUGUACUCGUACUUUGAUAU